AAUAAUUUGUGCUCGGUGGGAAACAAGCUGCGUUCCGCUGGUGCUGGCUACAGAGGACAAACGGAGGGAACAAGGUUGUGUGUAAGCAUAUUUUGCUUUUCACGUAUUCACGUUUGACUCUCGUAGACGUUUAAAGCUCGAGUUCUUAUCCAAACAUUGGCGUUUAUUUCUCGGAGCGGUGGCUUCUGUAAGAUCUCCCGCCUUUGUGCUGUAACAACACGGAUGCUAAGCUCAUGCUACAGCUCUGAACAUCAGUUUUCUACAACAGCUCUGCGCCGCUGGACUCGGGCACUCCUUUAGAUAUUAUUGCACUAGUGUCCAGCAUGUCUGUGGACUGGGUCGGGUACGGAUACGCAGCUCUUGUCGCAUCCGGCGGCGUCAUCGGUUAUGUGAAAGCAGGCAGCGUCCCCUCCCUUGCUGCUGGACUUCUCUUCGGUGGCCUCGCAGGUUUUGGUGCUUACCAGGUCUCCAAUGACCCCAGUAAUGUCUGGGUGUCCCUCGCUACAUCAGGAGCUCUGACUGGCCUCAUGGGAAAGAGGUUCUACGCAUCCAGGAAGUUCAUGCCAGCUGGCCUGAUGGCUGGAGCGAGUCUGCUGAUGGUGGGAAAGCUUGGCAUGGCAUUGCUCCAGAAACCCCACGAGUCCUAACGGAGUGAAGAUUUCCAUGUGUGCACCAUCUCCAGUUUCAGGAGCAUCCUGUCAGUGUUUGGCAUUUACAGCUAAUGUCAUUUUGUAAAGGAAAGAAAAAAAAGUAUAUAUUUGUGGAUAAAAUACA